AUGGAGGAAGAUAGAGUUGAGGGGUCUAUAGAACAUAGUGAAGAGUUCGUAAACGAAUGUACACCAUGUAUUGGUAUGGAGUUUGAGUCAGAAGAUGUUGCGUAUCGAUUCUAUUGCGAAUACGGAAGGAUUCUAGGGUUUUGCGUUCGAAAAGACUACAUAUCAAAAAGCAAGACGGACGGUGUGACGAUUAAUAGAAAGUUUGUUUGUAGUAAGGAGGGAGUAAAAAGAGUGGAUAAACGAACUCAGACAACAUCAAUAGGUAGACUAGAGACAAGAACUAAUUGCAAAGCAUUUUUGUACAUAUCACUUGAUCGGGCUUCAUUGAAAUGGACUGUGAAAAGAAUUGAUGAGACUCACAAUCACUUGUUACAUAUUCUUGAAACUGUCCAUAUGAUGAGGAAUCAAAGAGGAUUGACUGAGUCACUAGGUAUAACUGUUGAAAUUGCCGAGGCUACCGGGUUACCUCUUAAGUUGUCACAUAAUCUCAUUAGUGCCCAAUCAGGAGGGAAGGAAAACGUUGGGUUCAUGCGAGAGGAUAUUAAAAGCUACUUGCGUGCGAAAAGAGGAAGGGAUUUACAAUAUGGUGAAGCCGGGGCUUUGUUGAGAUAUUUUCAGAAACAAACAAUUGAUAAUCCUUACUUCUUUCACGGAAUGCAAUUGGAUGUAGAUGAGAUGAUAACCAAUAUCUUUUGGGUGGACCAUGAGAUGAUAAGAGAUUAUGGGCUUUUUGGAGAUACAUUGUCUUUUGACACGACUUUUAGAACUAAUAAAGAGUUUCGACCGUUGGCUAUUUUUAUCGGCUUUAACCAUUUUUGUAUGACGGUGAUUUUUGGUGUUGCAUUGAUGUAUGAUGAAAGAAUCCCAUCAUUUGUGUGGUUAUUCAAAAAAAAUUUAGAAGCAAUGUCGGGGAAGAAGCCUUUCACAUUUUUUACCGAUCAAGAUCAAGCAAUGGCUAACGCGAUAUCUCAAGUUAUGCCGGUUGUGAAACACAGAUUGUGUACAUUUCACAUAAAUCAAAAUGCAAUGAAGCAUUUAGGCUACUUGUAUGGGAAAGAAUCCACAUUUGGUAGUGAUUUCAAUGCGUGCAUGUUUCUCUAUGAAGACAAAAAGGAAUUAGAAGAAGCUUGGAAAUCUUUGCUUGAAAGUUAUAACUUGAAAGACAAUGAGUGGAUGAACAAAACUUGGGAACUUAGAAGGAAGUGGGCACAUGUGUACAUGAAGUUGUCUUAUAAUGCAGGGAUGAGAAACACUCAACUUAGUGAGAGCUUGAAUGCCAAAUUGAAGAAACCCUUAAAGUCCAACCUCCAUCUUGAUCAAGUCUUAACACAACUUGAUAAAGUUGUUUUUGACAAGCCGUACAAUGAAAAAGAAGCGGCACACGGCUCUAGAGAAAAGAUGGUUAGAUUAAAGUAUCCAAGUUGUCCAAUGUUACUUCAUGUUUCCAAAUUGUACACUCCUCCUAUUUUCGACUUGUUCCACAAAGAGUUAGACAUCUUCCUUGGUUGUAAAGUGAUACAGUAG